UGAGCACUCUUCAGGGGCAAAGGAGUCCAGAGAGCUCUGUAGGCUGACUAGAAUGGAGGGCAAGGUGUACAUGGGAGGUGAGGACUAUGAAAGAGAGUUCACUCCCAAAGACUACCUGACCACCUUCUACAGCUUCGACUCUGGCACCGUGGCAGAACAGGAAAUUGUAAAGUUUAGCCUGCAGAAUCUCCACCAGACCUUCUCUACAGGAGGUGUAGGGGGCGAUGUCCUGAUUGACAUUGGCUCUGGCCCCACCAUCUACCAGCUGCUUUCAGCAUGUGAGGUCUUCCGGGAGAUCAUUGCCACUGAUUACACCCCGCAGAACCUGCAGGAACUGCAGAAAUGGCUGAAGAAGGAGCCAGGAGCCUACGACUGGUCCUCCGUAGUGCAACAUGUGUGUGAGCUAGAAGGAGACAGAAGCAGGUGGCAGGAGAAGGAGGCCAAGCUCCGAAGGACAGUCACUCGUGUACUGAGGUGUGAUGUGACCAAGACACCCCCGCUGGGGUCAGCUCAAGUGCCUCUGGCUGACUGUGUGCUGACCUUUCUGGCCAUGGAGUGUGCCUGUCCUGAUGUAGAUACCUACCGGGCAGCCUUGCGCAGACUGGCUGGCCUGCUGAAGCCAGGAGGGCACCUGGUGACCUUGGUUACUCUGCGCUUCCAGCACUAUAUGGUGGGCCCCAAGAAGUUCUCUGGGGUCUACCUGGAGAAGGAGACGGUGGAGAAGGCCAUUCAAGAUGCCGGUUGCCAGGUGCUGAGGUGUAACUGCGUCCCCCUCAGCUACUCAGAGGCCUACUGCAUCAAUGAUGGUUUAUGCUUCGUGGUUGCCCGAAAGGGUCCCAGUGUCUGAGGCCACUGGCAGAGAAUCACCUUCCUUUCCCGAGGAAGUUACAGCAAUCAUUUGUAAAGCCUUGCUCCACAGCUUUCUAACCCUGACCUUGUUGUUUCUAUUACCUGGUCACAGUCACAAGGGAAAAUCGAAGGUUCUCUAUUUUCAGCACCAAAAUCCACCCCCUUUGCUCCUUUUGUACCCUGAUCAAAGCUCGUUAAAAUAAAGUUGUUUCUCUGGA